AUGAGCAAAGCCGAGUGGGAGAACAACGAGGAAAUUAAGAUAUUCCGUAAAUAUCUUCGUAUUCCAACGGUUCACCCAAAUAUAGACUUUACUGCUUGCGUGGCAUUCUUAAAGCGACAAGCCGCAGAUCUUGGUCUACCCUUGGAUGUUAUUUACCCUGCCAAUGAAGUUAAUCCCGUCGUAAUUCUAAAAUGGGAAGGCAGUCAGCCAGAGCUACCUUCAAUUAUACUGAACUCCCACAUGGAUGUCGUUCCCGUGUAUCCGGAAAAAUGGACUCACGAUCCUUUCAGUGCCUAUAUGGAUGACGAAGGACGCAUUUUCGCUCGAGGCGCUCAGGAUACAAAGGAGAUUGGAACUCAAUACUUGGGUGCUAUUCGUGCUCUCAAAGCCAAAGGAUUCCAGCCAAAGAGAACUGUGUACGUGACCUUUGUACCCGAUGAGGAGGUUGGCGGAUAUCAUGGAAUGCGAGAAUUCGUUAAUACGGAUUAUUUCAAGAACAUGAAUGUUGCCUUCAGUUUGGAUGAAGGAGGUCCUAGCCUUAAGGAGAGCUAUUGGGUCUUUUAUGCUGAACGAACUGCCUGGCCUCUUCGAUUCAAGAUUAAGGGCACGUCAGGUCAUGGUUCUCUGUUGCUGCCCAGCACCGCUGGAGAGAAGUUCAACUUUAUUGUAAAUAAAAUGAUGGAGUUCCGCGCAUCACAGGUCAAAAUUUUAAAAGAGAAUCCAAAUCUCACGACCGGCGAUGUGACCACCGUUAACCUUACCCAAGUGAGCGGUGGAGUGCAGAACAAUGUGGUUCCUGCAAUGCUGGAGGUGGUCUUUGACUUGCGCAUUGCUGUCACCCAGGAUGCAGCAGUUUUGGAGCAGCAGUUCCGCGAUUGGUGCGAAGAGGCAGGAGGCGGGAUUGAGCUCGUUUUUGAGCGAAAAGAUGACUUUUCACCGGCGACAAAGAUUGAUGCGUCAAAUCCGUUUUGGACAGCCUUUGAGACGACUCUACACGAACUCAACUUGAAACUAUCCCCAAUAGUUUGUCCCGGCGUAACUGACAGUCGAUAUCUUCGCACAAAGGGAGUCUCGGCAAUUGGUUUCUCACCGAUGAACAAAAACACUCCACUUCGGAUACACGAUCACGAUGAGCAUAUACGUGCUGAUGUCUAUCUGCAUGGUAUCGAAGUCUAUAAAAAGAUAAUUCCAGCUGUCACAAAUAUUUGACAAGGAACUGGAAGACACUUUUCUAAUUUUUAAAAGAAUUUCAAUAAAGAAUUUAUCAGUUAAC